AUGGGCCGCGACCUGAGAGUUGGCGUCAUUUCUCCGCACCGCUGCCGCAUGUUCGGCAAGUCGCGUCCGGAGCAGUCUUCCAGUUUCUCCGAUGUAGUUGAUUUAUCCGCAACUGCACUGGAUCUGGUAAACGACUCCAGAUGUUUGUUGCCGUGGAAGUGGGUCUUUUGGUCUCAUCAUUUGAUGCCUUAUAGUGGCCUCCGUUCUGUGUGCAACUCCAACCUCAAGUGGUUCAAGAAGGCGACUAAGGGCCUCGGAGACGUUCGCUGGUGCUAGAGACCCGUUGAGGUUUACGGUCGAGAACGAGAAGUUUCCCAAAUCAAAGGUCCAGAAGAACGACUCACUAGGACAGUCCUCAUUGCUGCGCGGAGACCAGCGACGCCAGAGCGAGGUGCAGCGCGCACCAGAGUGAGACCCGGCUACGACAGAUCAGUGGAAGCCAUAAUAUCGACCAGCUGCACGAAGUCUCCAAGCCGAGGGUUGAGUCACAUGCAGCUCAAUCAUCUGACUGGCGGGGGGUUCAGUACCGGCCAUAGACCCGCGGGUUACAACUAGUCUGUGAACCAGCCGAACAGUGUAUCUGUGUAGGAGUCUCUUGGCCGCAUGUGUUGGUCGUACGUAUGCCGAAUGGCCGAAAGGGGCAUGAAUAAAUUUAAAAAACAACCGCCAUUUUGUUCGGCAAGGAUAUGGGGUAAGCGAGCUGUUAGUCAUGCAUAAACAGAUAAUAUUCCAAACAGUUUGUCAACCGGUUAGGUUCGCACACAUUACUUAGAACCUAGCUUUAACAGCUCAGAGUAAUUAUUGCUGUCUUUUUGGGCCCCUUAGCUUAAUCGACAUUUGCCUGCUAGUAACAGGAUGUAGAACGUACUUAUCUCCCUGUGAUCAACGCUCGAUCUAGAGGGGAAUUACGUGCCAUUUCUGCGUGUCCAUCAAGACUGUGAGGUUUGUCUGGAACAACUAUUCGCACUUUCCGGCAGACGACUAAAAGAAGACACCAGACGAUAACUGGUGAGGGACAGACUGCCUUGAAGUUGGCAGUAAGGAUUGUAGUUGUUAAACCAUGUUGUCGGGUCAGAACUCGGGGAAGCAGAAUUGGAUGAGACACCUUUAUGGAGUGGGAACGUCCAAACUUCCAGUAGUAUGCUCUGGUGAGGGGCGGAUGGCCGGCGAGCGCUAGAGCCGCAUGAAGGCCAAUUGCAUGAUCGACCAACGCCUGAACCCGAUGAGACCUCGAGACCAAGUGCGUGAUUAUGAGGAUUAUAGUAUACGCGGUAUAUUCAGUUAAGCGUUGAAGUGUAGUAGGUAGCAAAACUGUCAGGCUUUGCAUUGAUUCCCUGUAUGAGCAGUUCCAAGUUCCUGGAGAUGGGCGAUCAUAUAUUAUCGCUUUUUAAUUUCCUCAGAAAUUAUCUGCGAAGUCGGAGCAGCUCAGUUUAUUCAAGAUCUAUAGGCUCAGACGGAGAAUUUUAUGUAUGAAUAUUUGGGCCAAAUCCCAUCAGCCACAGCGAGUAACCACAUAAUAUUAAUUAACUGUCGACAGACAGCUAGUUGUAUGCUUUAGGGUAAGGUGAUACCAUACUAACAGCACAGGUACUAGUCAAAAGCCCAUUGGCUAGUACCUGUGCUGUUAGUAUGGUACUACCUUACCCUAAAGAUCAUAUAUUAAGUGUUAAGGGUCGUUCCAUCCGUGAUAAACGCCAUCACUGCACGCCCUGUGUCCCACCAUUCACACUUUUGUCCUUCCCGAGGGCGUUUGGACAUAAAGUCUCAGAAUUCAACGGUUUGGAAUGCAGCACAAACGGCGAGCGCAGACGAGACAUAAAACACAGCGUUUACAGGAGCCGCGUUAGGCUGUGAGUUCCCUAAUACGAGUGCUUUUCGCCUGCGGGAACCGCAGAACCAGGAGUUCUGACAGGCGCAUGUAAAUGAGGCGUGAGAGCUUUUAAUCACAAUUUAUCUAUUGUUCUCCAUUUUAAGGAGGUAUACCCUUCCAGAGAUUGUUUCUGACUUCAGGCGUACUCCCACAGCCUGAUGGAGCCUUACGGGAAUUUCUGAUAUGACUAUACACACCCAGACAUGGACAGUGCAGGCCUCAAACAGGGAUUCCGUGAUGAACUGCAUGUCCGGAGAAGGGUGGAGAGGGUAGUAGAAAGUAAAUUUUGACAAGUUAAACUGUGAACUGGCUUCAGUGGUGCCUUUUUGUAUCGUAACGCAAUCUCCACAAGAUAUAAGUGGAAAAAUUAGAAACUAUAACCAUGGGGUCAGUGACGGAUACAUGAGGACUAAACGAACUACACUGAGUGGACAUACUGCGUUCAGUCAAUAAGGAGACAUCAGAAUUCACAUUCUGGGCAUUCUAAAAACUGUUGCUGACGAUGUAACUCGUGGAAAUAAGCGUAAAGAUUUAGAGUCAUUUCAGGUAGCUAGAAAUUCGACCAACUGCAGGCCUUUCCUCAAGGCAGUUGACUGGCGCAGAAAAUCAGGCUUAUUCGCUUCAAGUAAAUCGUUCACCCGCCUUGAAGUCAAAGAUGGCUCGAUGGGCGGCUAGACCGAAUUAUAACUGUCCCUCCCUCCCUCGCCCCCUUAAAAUCAACCCUCAGACCAAAAUCUAGACCUUGAACGCGGCAAGUUCCAGCAACAUUCCAACGCUAAUGUUGAAUGCCGUUCAUAGUAAUUCCGAGAACGGUGACAGCAGAACCAACCCCGAGAAUGUCAUGCAAUCUUAACGCGAACGCUUCUAAACUGUGCUCUCCCUAAUAAGCCCCUAAGCGUUUAAGUAUUGAACCCUGUUCAUAUGAGCAUACGCCAUUAUGAUAAAAUAUCCUAGUUUUGUGAGCGUCUGCUAUGUCAUGAUCAGCAAAUCAUGGCCAUCGCAGCCCAGUGUGUGCUGGGAGUUCUCCGGUAGAUGCGUUUGCGCUCCCGCUGGGUAGGCAGGAUCAUGUGCAUGUCUGUCGAGUCAUCCUCGUCUUUUCUGUUGUCUUUGUCGGUAGUAGUCAAAAUUCUGGCCAAGUGUUUUUUGUGGACCAGGAGGUGUGGUAGCUCGCCCAGGUGCGGCUCCGGCCGUGCCAGCCACCUGCGCUCUCUCCCCUCUCUUCUUGACUUUGUCUUGGCACCGGGCUUGGAUGGGGGAGGUUGUGAGAGUGCGGUAGAGGCUGCGCAAGUCUGCUAUCCCUAUAAACCAAGUCACGACCAAGUCACCGUCCCUGCUCUCACCCUGCUGUGUAGCAUACAGUGGGCAUCGUCGGUUGCGAGAGUCGAAUUAUCAUGAGUAAAUAUUGUGCCAUAUUAGUGCUCCUUAUUUUAGAGAAAUAGGUUAUAUUUUGAAAAUACCGUUCUACAGUUUUCAACAAAAACACCCCCAUUCAGAAUAAAGAUUGAUAGGUGACGAGAGAGAGAGAGAGAGUUAGUAGGUUUGCAUAAAAACUAUUCAAACAUUAUGGGGCAGUUCAAGUCUCACGUUAGGUAUCUUGCUAGAGAUGGUAAUAUUGAACGCUGGCAUGUCAAUGGAAGCCACGGCACAAGGGUCCGAAAGACAUCGCAGCCAUUAAUUCAGAGUGAAGGGCAUGGACAAUGUCAUUCAGAAUUCGACCACCAAAUUGCUUGAUCAUUAUGAAAUGUCGUUGCCUUAAUAUAUCGGCUAAAAGGGUAUAAGAAAUACCGGCAGCAGAAGAGAUCUUUCCGGAGACACGUUUAAAAUGACCAUGUCUUUUUUAAGGCAAUGCUAUCACGUUUUCUUUUUCCUGCGGCUUUAUGGCGUACGCUGCCACCAAGCAAAUAAGUUGAGCAACCGGCUGGUCAACGAGCCCGUGGCUCAGUUGUUAGAGGGGUUGCACUUCUAACCAACAGGUCGCGUGAUCGAGCCCCAGGCGUCCCACACUUAGUGGUUGGGUAUGACCGGCUGACGACGGCUAAUAAGCCAGAAAUGGUCACUCCAGUCUCCCUUGUCUUUGUCGUUAAGAUCAUUCUGUUGAUACUUCUAAAUGUAUCAUUUCCAGGAUAGAUAGUCAAACGUCUGCCGACCAAAUGUAGUCUAAAGAAGUAAAAAUGACGGGCAUACUAUCGAAAUUAUCGUUUCCAAAGUCAAUAGCCCAAUGCAAGGACCUAUCUGGGAAAAGUAACAACCAUGCAAGCACGGACUUCAGGGGGUGGUUAUAUCACGGCGCUGCCGCAUUGACGAAUUAAUUUAGCCUAUCGUCUUCAAUGCACCGGAAGGUUGGCGUCACGCAGUGCAGGCAACCGCACGAAUGCCCCUCACACCUCUGUGCUUUUGGUCUAGUCGACCUAUCAAAAGCGAGCCGGCAUUCUAAGUCACGAAUCACGGAAAACACAUUUGCUGUCAACAACAAACAGCGUGCUGUGCGCGAGAGCGGAACCUAUCGUCUUUGCUGAGUAAAUGUCGUUUCCCUAGUUGUCUGGUUGUCUCACUAGCUCACCCAGUGCGCUCAUUUUUUUCGGCACUCGCAGGCUGGCUGACUUUCGGGAGUUCAGAUGCCACACGAUCUACUACCCACUGCCGAUUUUGCCGAGAAAAGCCAAGCACAACCAACCGGCCGCCCGCCAUCGCAUAUCGAUCAUUCGCCAGUCGCGUAGCUAACUGUAGGUCUGCUGUUAGCUGCGCUCUGAUUGGUCCGUGCGACUGUAUAACCGACGAUCACCCACGGGCAGUAGUCCGACUUGUCGCGUUGGCUGUGCGCAGUGAGUUGUGGUGUUUUCUUUUACGACUGAUUCCAUUUUGUUCUAUUUUAAGGCACCGCCUUUCUUCUGGGGUGACACAACAGCCAUAGGGCAGACAGUGGGACUAAAAAGACCCCUAUUUUGUAAUUGAAAACGUCCAGUGGAGGGGGAGGUUUGAUAUUCGAUCGGAUUUUGUAUUUCCUAAAGGGGGGGGGGGACACUAAAGGUCCAAGUUAAACUCUUAAAAUAAGGCUUGAGAGUCAGUAGCCCUACUUAUUAGGGAGAAAAAGAGCAUGUCUUAUUGUUUUGCACAGGGAAUUCGUUCGCCUAGGUAGAUAAAUCUUUUAUGCGAGUUAAAAAAGGCCAUUUCGCAAGUAAGCACGCCAAAGUUAAAGCACAAGUAACUGCACCCCUCAAAAACUUCCUUGGUUUAAAAUUGCGGCAUCUUUUGCCAACUAAGUUAAUUUUUGGUGCGAAGCUGGACGUGAGGCUUGUUUGCUUUUACGGCAAUUUGACCUUGGUGACGAGGCUUUCGGGUAUCAGUGAAAUUCUUAUUUUGGGGAGAAUUCAGUAUAGCCUACUACGAAGGAAAAAGACUUGGCGAUAUACGACGGAGAAUGCCUUCGUAAAACGCAGAACAACUUAAUUAGACCGAAAAUCUUACAUUUGUAACUCGGUCGUCGGCAUAAGUUUUGUGUCCACUAAGUCUCCUUCAACUUCAUAUACUUUUACGAGAAUGUAGCGUUCAAUCGUUCACUUGUUAUCAUGGUUUAAUAAACCUAUUACCGGCAGAACAGGUCAUUAGCAUAAGCUUGCUUCUAGUAAGAAGGAAAGGCCUGUGGCAGUUGAAAGUGAUAUUACGAAGUUCUGCACUGAUCUCGGAUUUCAUUCAUCGGCCUGGGAGUUUAAGCCAAAAAUAAGUUUUUGACUUUUCAACUAAAGCACAUGUUUUACUGUAUAACCCAGAUUUGGAGUCAAUCCCAGAAGUUUGAAGCGUCGUGUUCGGAGUUAAAAAGGCAUAUAGUGUCCCAAAAGAUUUAUUGACAAGGAUAAAGGGGCCCGCAUUGGUCAUUUCUUGUGUAUUUUCCAGCCGUAUCCAAACCGGCAAGAUGUGUGAUCAUGACUCAGUUGGUAGAACGCUCGGUUCAAGGAUCAUCUGGGCUCGAGUGCGAACCUCGUUGCCAUCGGACACGAUGUUGGGGCAUGGCUGGCUGAGGGCAGGAGAGAAGGAAACAGUGGCCAAUCCAGUCUCGCCUGCCUUGCUCUUUGCUAAUCCUUCUUGAUUCCUGAUUGUUCAGCACCUGUGAGGGUUCCUAUCGGGGCUUCAGGGCGGGAUAGGUCAGUAGACGCCAUUCUCAUGCAAUUGCAUGCGGUCCAUAUUCUCACAGCCGCCGUCGAGAUCCCAACACUUGUGCGAUAAGCUGAUGCGGAUUCACUCUGACCUAUUUUGUCAUUUUUUAGCAAGAGCACAUGACUCCUCGGUCCUUAGAGAUCACGGGAACUGGACGGAUAGCUCGAAAUCACCUCGUGACGAGGUCGUAGGAAAAUAGCUUGCUUUGUCCUACAAGUUUUGCAUUGAACGAUUCGAUAUUUGAGCUGCUAGGAGACAUACGAUCACUUCUGUUGAUUUUCAAAAAAGGCCAGGUACUUUCAGAUCCUGGGAGGCUGAAGGUGGGGUUCACCAGUCUCGCGUUUCGCCCGGGUGGAUUAUCGAUCUCAUCAGUAUGAGACUGCUGCUUGCCCUUGAACAGCAGACAGAGGGGUUCCUGAUAAAGGCUGCCCCUCCAUCAGUGAACCAAAGUUAGAAUUUUCCGAUGACCUGCGUAGAGCCGACCGACUAAGCUCGUGAUUGGUCCAUCAACUCUGUAGGCUUGUCAGCCCCUGUUGAACCUCCUGUGAGGACACCGGAAAUAAACAGCUGACUUUCCGAAGGUUGAAAGGGCCGCGGUCACAGUACAGUAAAAUCACUCACCGGAGCAUGGUGACUUUUGCAGUUUUGUGCAUUAAAAUGGCGAGUCGAACCGUAUCUAAAAAUAGCCACGCAAAAGACCUCACGGAACUGCGUGCUAUCCGAGCACGUGAGAGUUAUUCUCGAACUAAGCGUGUUGGUUAGGGGCUGGAGCGAGUCUGUUGAUGAAUUCCUAAAUCUCACCCCUUCACGAUUUACUACUGAAUUCAGGCAGAUAAAGCAAACUCGGGUGAGGGCUUAACCGACUGCCGACUUAUAAAGAAUUCGCCAGCCUCGUCGGGCUUUGAGCCUGUGACAAAAAAGGCCAAGCCUUCGGCACAGGUAACACUAGCCACCUGGGUUACUAGUACGGCGGAUGACUACCGGACUCACUUUUGACAUAUGAGAUUGGCGUUCGCUGUUAUGACUUGCUUGCAGGACAAACAUGUGCGCAUCCGCGAAGCAACCAGCAAAAAAGACCAAGAAAGACCGGGGAACUUGCACGCCGGUUUCUGGCUUGCCAAUCCCCAUCAGGAAGUGAUGAUGUUGAUGAUAAUUCCAGCGUCCUCACCCUUGUCGACAACGCUUCUGAGUCAAACAGAACUGGUUGAUUAGCACCACACUUCUACGUUGUGUGGUCUGGUAGUUUCUUUACUAGUUUUCGCUGCCUUUCCCCGAGCUAAGUGCCAGUUAAGGGUGUGGCAAUUCAGCCGUCGCAAAUGGUGACAUCCGACAGCUCGACCGUCGAGUUCGACGAUGUCCACCGCGUGCUACACAGCAAGAUGCAGCACGCACAGUGACUUGCGCGUGAAUUAGUUUAUAGUGAGAGUAGACUUACGCAGCAUCUACCGCACUCUCUCCUCCUCCUCCUCCUCCUCCUCCUCCUCCUCCUCCUCCCCCACCUGGACCCGGUGUCAAGACAGAGUCAAGAAGACGGAGACGGGGGAGGGAGCGCAGUCGGAUGGCACGGUCGAGCCUGCAUCUUGGUGACAUCCACUGCGUGCCUCAAAGACUGGGCGCAGCACCGGUAUCUUGCGCGCGAAUUUUUUUUUUAUUAUGAAUGAACCUACCGCACUCUCUCUUCCCUCACCCACCUGGCUCCGGUGGCAGGCCAAUGUCAAGACGUCCGGCGGUGAGUGCGGGCUCAGGGACUGACAAAGCUAAACGGCCCGUCUACGCGGACCACACACAUGACCUGUCCUCCAAAGCAUGCAUCAGGCCUCCGUAAGGGCGACUCAGAGCUCACGUGUACGAGAGUAUCGUAAUGGUCACAUUGGGAAGGAACCACUGACAAAGCAAUUCACCCCCCUUACUGACCAGAUAAUCGUGUCGAACAAUUUGCUUGAUGUUCUUAGGCCAUGACCGAGUUGUCCUGUCAGUUGGGACCCCCCGAAGCCAUGACUAUUAGAGCACUGUGGUGGAGUAAGGCGCGUCAGAUUCAUUAUCAUGAGAAAUGCGCCGCAUUGCUGUGAAGAUGGAUUUUUUAGUGUCAGUUACACUCUCUUUUCCCUUUCCGCUGUACGAGCCUGACAGUCGACUGGAUUGGGCUCAGUGACUGACAGUCCGUCUACGUGAGCCACGACGCACGCCGAGAACAUGUAUGUAAUGUAUGAACCCUUAUUGAAUACCAGGAUGUGAAGAGUGGCGUGCGCUCCCAGGGUAUAUUGAGUAACCUAAAAGCGGGCAGUCGCGGGAAUGACCUAUAUCUAGGAAACUUUGCCAGAAACAGGCCAUACACGCAGUCAGAUAAAGUUUGCUAUUCAGAGGUAAGGCAGCAUCAAUUAUUUGCAGUGUAAACAAACGUGUCUUGGUAGAACACCCAUAGCGGAAUGGGAAGGUCAGCGGUUCGAUCCCGUCCGUGUGCAUCCAGGGGUCACCAAAGGCGGUCCGCCUACGCAAAACUCCGGUCGUCCUGCCUCCUCACUGUCAUGCGAAUGCAUCGGGUGUGGGCAGAGAGAGAGAGGGUGAGGUUGACGCUGCGAGAGCCUCCUUAAUCGGCAGCUCGACCAUCGCGAACGACGAUACCCGUCGUAGGGCGGGCGCAGGAGCGGCAACUUGCACGCGAACGCGCAGACUUGAACGGCAUCUACCGCAUCCUCUCCCCCCUCCAGCCGCCUUAGUCAGACAGAGUCAGGAAGACCGGAGGCGAGAUCGGACACAGUGGUUGACAAGACUGGACAGCCCUCUACGCGUACCACACACACGACUUUCCCAUUAGUUGGCAGCCUUCCUGGCCACGGUUCCUAGUACAUCGUGAUAGUCUAGAGUCGCUUGAGUUUGUUUAUAUUGAGAAAUACGCUCUGAGUACUGUGGGGACGCAACCUCUCUUCCUUUUCUUGGGCAGUAAUUCACUGUACGAACUAAUCAAUCAUCUGAUGCGGGGAUUGAGCCUGUGCCUAGGCGUGCCGCUAAUUCCCCCCUCAAAUGUGUAGCAUUUGCUUCGGACACGCACUCCCAAUUAUGGGUUUCGUGCCCUUAUCUAGCCCGCACCUUGGGCAGGUGCAUUUCAUGCGUGGCCCAAUGUAGGGGACACAACCUACUUAGUGGUAAAGGGACGCUCACUGGUCGAACUGGAAUGACCAUUUUUUGGCCUAUAAACCGUCAUCAGCCAGCCACAUCCAAUCUGAGGUGUGAAACUCCCGCGAUUUGUUGGUUGGAAGUCCAACGUCCCUAACCACUGAGUUACGGACUCGUUGUCCUGUCGGUUGCGAUCGACUGGCGACGGCUGAUAAGCUAAAACUGUCUCCCUUAUCUUCUUCGGCAACGCUAUAUAGCCUGCUAAAUCACAAACAGACACACCCACAGGUCACCGACUAAGUUCACCUCAUAGGAGAGUAGUGAACCACAUUGCACACGACAGUUGGACUAUUCAGGCAAACGGUUCUGGUAAUUAGCUCGUGAAAGACUAUCUCGGGCGUAUAACACAGUGUCGAAGAAAUUGCGAGUAUACUUCACAGUUAUUUGCGUAUCUUCUCAAAUGCGUUUUAGUGUUCCGGAUAUUUACGAAGGAAUGCACUAAGCAGAACUUACUGACCAAGCAAUUCACCUCCAUAACUGACCGGAUAAUCGUGUUGAUCAGUUUGCUUGAUGUUCUUAGGCCAUGAGUUCGGCAUCAAAACCGGUUAAUGGUGCCCCUGCAAGAUUCUACUCGGCUUCUCUUCUUCAGACAAGCAGACGCUUUCGGCCGAAGAGACGUAGUGUCAGAAGACGAAGAUCUGAUCAGUGGAACAAGAAAUUUAUUGGCCUGACGUUUCGGAUUCUCACUCGAAUCCAUCAUCAGAGACAGUCGCAGAUAAGGGUAAUGGCGGCACAAGGAGUGCAGUAUUUAUAGCACGUGGCCGCCGUGGGACCAUAUGCGCACUGUAAAUAACAGCUCUCACAAUCACCGCUGGGGUUGCAAUCGAGGCGAUAGUGGCUUGUCAGUCCGCGUCCGAGUAGUUAAUGACCGUGAUUUCGUCAUCCAUGCUGGAUGCUGGUGUGACGAUUGCUCGGCAAAUUGGCCACUGUCACUGGGAUAACUGCUUCCGCGCACCCUCCCCAGGUGACUGAUUCCACUGCCCGAGGAAAUUCUCAGAACGGAAUAUGGUACCGGGAGGUCAUUGCACUUGUUGACGGAUUGCGGGCCUGAGAACCAUGACUCGAGCAGCUCGCGGCUCACGCGGUCGUCACCCCUUGCGAGGAUUUCGGCCUCUUGAAACUUGAAAAUAUGGCCGGGUCCCGUCAAAUGAGCCGCCACCUGAGAGCUAGCGUUUGCCUGCCUCACUGCUGCUAUGUACUCGGCAGUUCGCGUCCGGAGUAAUCUCCCAGUUCCUCCGACGUAGUUGCUUUGUCCGCAACUGCACCAGAUCCGGUAAACGACUCCUGACGUUUCCUGCAGUGACCGUGGGUCUUUCGGCCUCAUGAAUUGGCGCCUAAUGGUUGCUUAUAGCCUGUGUGCAACCCCAACUCCAAGUGGAGUGAGUAGGCGGCUGAUGGCUUCAGAGACGUUCUUCACGUACGGAAGAGCCCGCCAAAAUUUUGGGCCGGUUGGAUUUGGUCUCGGGUGUCGUCUUCGCAUGCACUGGUUGACAAAUUUGCGCGGGUAGCCACUGGCUCUCAUUACCCGCCAAAGAUAUUGUAGAGUCGUUUACCGGAUCUGGUGCAGUUGCGGAUUACAAUAUCUUCGACGGGUAAUGAGAGCCAAUGGUUACCCGCGCAACUUUGUCAACCAGUAGCCGCUCAUCGGACAGAGAUAUGGGGUCACCUAUCUAUGUCUUGGCUACGCGGAUUCCUCGUCCGCUGUUCCCAAGAUACAUGCGCUUAAAGUGCUUUUAUCUGUGGGUGGCAGCCGAAACGCUGUCGGCCUUGCAAACAAAAUAAAAGACACCUGACUCAGAAAGUACUUCUGCAGACAAGAAGACCCCCAGACAGUAUGUUGCUCGCGUGAAUACUGCUCCACUUAACACUCGAGAGAGCUCUGAAAACAGUCCAACUUCGAUUUGCAUCAGACUGGCAGAUCCGAUUUCACCUCCGGGGAAGCCUUGUUAGCUGAGGGCCGCGAAAAGUCCAAAUGUCGCAGACCGUCCUCCUGGUGUAUAGGAGCCGCAAAAAACGUUCACAAUCUUGUCCUUCAAGGCACGAGUAAGUCGGCGACUUUAACCCUUAUCCGAUCUCAUGAACUGUUGGCUGAAAUUUUGAAGUGCGUUUUCGAUUAGGAAGGAUUACUUGGGCGCGGUUGUAAUAAUUAUUAUCUUGGGGCAUACUCUUAUAACAUUCGGACUCGGCAGGAUGUCAGCUUUUGGAUACACUGCUUUCCAAUCUCCUGUAGAAGCCGUACUUGGUGAAAAAUGACUACUUAUUAAGCAUGUAUUUUUCCAAUUGAUUUUCGAUGCACUUAUAUUUUCAAAUAUAUUUUAUAGAAACCAUAAACAAAAAUAUGCUUCCUUUCAGUCAUUUGAUAGAGAAUUACAUCGUCUUUAUAUUUUAUACUCAAGGAUGGAUUAUAGUUAGGCUUUAAGAAGUUUCUUAUUAUGCGAUUUUUUAAGACCGCUCAAUGUCUAUUCACAUAGUAUCGUACCUGGACGUCUAGCACAGCUCCUCAUGGAAUGUGCAACAUAGUCCGCAUCCAUUGCAAAAUUUAAUGGACUUUUUAUGAUAUAUUUUUAAUGGCAUAGAAAAAUAUGUUAGUUUCUUUGCGCGGAACUCAGGCAUCAUGUAGACUGAAAUCACUAUGCGCUAAUGCAACGAAUGAUCAGGCUGCGAAUUAUUCGGCAAUUAGAAAACCUUUUUAAGGCCUAAUUGUACUACUUCCUCGGGUAUAAAAUAUAAAGACGUGAUUCUCUAUUUAUUGACUGAGAGAAAGCAUAUUUUUGUUUAUGGUUUCUAUAAGAUGUAUUUGAAUUUGCAAGACCAUUGAAAAUCAAAGGGAAAAAUGUAUGCUUAAUAAGUAGCCAUUUUUUACCAAGUACGGCUUCUACAGAAGAUUGAAAAGCAGUGUAUUCAAAAGCUGAUAUCCUGCCGAGCCCGAAAUGUUAUAAGAUUAUGCCGCAAGAUAAUAAGUAUUACAACCGCGCCCAAGUAAUCCUUCCUAAUCGAAAAGGCAUUUCAGAAUGUCAGCCAACAUUUCGUGAGAUCGGUCACUCGCUGUAACUACUGAUUCCGACUUUAAAUGCAACGGUACUUAGACCCACCCGUCUCAGGCUAGCAGUCCUAUUAAAAUCUAGCUUGCAGGCCUCACAGGUUGAACCGUAGGUUUCUGGCAUUCAGAUAUACAUGAUGCGUUCCGACGAAUUCACAGGCGCUAUGCUCUGUGCGCCAAAUUGCGACAAACAAACUCGGACGCCGCGAUAGUUUUAAUUAUCGAGGAGUAUAACAAAUUUGCAGCUUAUCUGUUUGCUUUUGUAAACUGCCCAUAACUGAACCUCUGAUCGGAAAACCUGUCUCGGACCCAGCUGGUCAUUGGACUGGAGCCGCGUACAAUCAUUCGCGAUGCGCACUUAAGGUCACGUGAGAGGGGGGUUCUUCGAUGUGAAAUCCUCGCGAGGCGACAUCGGGAGCGCUCUUAUCCCACCCUGAACUGGUGAUCACAGCUCUCACGUGACCUUGAAUGUUCCCGAUUGCAGUCUCUCGAGCGUGACCACGUGAGUUAAACAGCGCUGAGCCGAGCUCAACGACCAUCUCUGUCCUGACUCGACCUCCAGGUCUUUCCGACGGCGAAUAAAACGGAAAUGGUUACGCCAUUAUCUCCCCCCUGUGUGUCGGAAACCGUUCUCGAUAGUUCACUGCCAGUUGCUAUGCGACAGCUGUUGAAUAAAGCUGCAGUGGCAGGAGCGGACGUCCGUUUUCCGCCCUGGAGCUGACCACAUCGAUGGGCACGAGGUUUUCAUGGGUUCUCAAUAUGGUGGGCGUUUUAAUUUCUCCAGAAAUUAAUGCGCGAACUCAGUGUAAAUGCUUCGGGAGCAGCAUUUUAAAGUUCGAUCCGAAAGUUGAAAUAGAUAUUUGAGCUGACGUUCAUUAUCUUCAGCGGAGUGACUGACGGUUAGACCGUCGAUUUCGACGAUGUCCACCGUCUGCUCCACAUCAAAGUGAGAGCGGGGACGGUGACUUGCGCGUGAACUAGUUUAUACUGAUAGUGGGCUUGCGAAGCAUUUACUGCACUCUCUCCUCCUCUACCCCCUGAAGCCGGCGUCAUGACCGAGUCAAAAAGACCAGAGGUGGGAGAAGACGAAGUUGGCUGGCGCAGCCGGGGCCGCUCCUUGGCGUGCACCCACACCCGGUUCGAAGCCCACACAGCGGAAGUGCCAUUGCAGCCUGACUUUCGACCCACCAGUCGACCACUUCACGCAACAACACGCAGGUGUGAGUUCCAAGCUGUCCUGUCAGUUAGUAAUAUUCCAAGCCGUGGCUUUUGGCGCACUGUGAUAGCUCCAAGCGUGUCAGAUUGCUUAUAAUGAGAAAAAUGCACUGAGACGUCGGCCUCACUCUCUACUCCCAACCCCAGGCACCAACCAGCGGAAUAACUGCAUGAUAAGUACGUUCUGACAACAGGCAGUCAGCAAUAUAAAAAAACUGGUUGAUUUGCCAUACUCCCGGGAAUUGGCUUCGUCGAUUUUAUAACGUUGCAUGACGCAGCUGGGAGGGAUUUCGUUCAUGAGUGAGUCAGCGAGUCAUCAUACUGACAGAACGGGUAGGAAACAGAAGCCCUGACUAGAUCUGUAUACAUGAAGUUUUCGCGCCUUCACAAUAUGCUUGGGCGGCUCCGUUCAAGUUAUAAUGCGUGAUGUGUGAAUCGUAAGAAGGAAAACGGUCAGUCUGGUAUUUUAUUUUGCGCCAGUACAGUUCCAUAGAAAGCAACCGGGUUUUUGACAAUUCUCUGAAAAAGAGUUAGUGCGACAUCCUUAUUCAGUUUUGCGACUACUUAAGGCCCUGACUUUCAGUAGUAUUGGAAUGAAGAUGGGGGCGUAAGGUCUCAUCGGGCCACUAACUGGUGUUGCUUCGUGCUCUUCUUAACUGGCCUCUCUUGGCUUCUCUGCAGUGGAUUGUCUUGUGGCGUUUAAUCCAGAUCAGGGUGGGACUGACUUUUGUGGCUCCCUAAACAGAACAUGGAAUUAGGAACGCCCCGGCCAAGUAAUGAAGGUGGACCUGCGUAUAAUUCUAGAAAUGGGAAAAAUAUUCCCUCCUAUUAACUCCAACAAUAAUCCUAGUAUAAAACUAAACCGUUGCCCCGAUUUUAACUCUAACCCUACGUAAGCGCAUAAUUCUGCAACUUACUCUAGCCCCCACCUUAAACCGAAACUUGAUCCUGACUUACAUUACCGUUAGCUUUAAAUCUAGUCUUAACCCUAUUCCUUAACUUACAGUAGGUGGGCUAACUCGUGAAAUGUCAACCGAAAUUUCGAAAUGCGUUCUCGUUUCGAAAAGAUUAAUUAAGUACAGUUGUAAAACUAAUUAUCAUGUAGCAUAAUUCUACAAUGAUCCAGUUACCUCAGGGUGUCGGCUUUCGAAUGAACGUAUUUUCGACUGCAUGCAAGAACUGUACUCUGAAAAAAACGACUACUUAAGUAGCAUGCAGCUUUCUCAUUGACUUUCGAUGCCCUUAAAAAUUCAAUUAUAUAUCAUGGAAAACAUGCAUAAAAAUAUCCACUCUUUUGAUCAUUCGGUAGAAAAUCACUUCUUCCGAGUUUUACUCGAAAGAAGGGUAUAAUUCGGUUUGAAAAACUUUUCUAAUUCCCGAAUAAUUUUGAACUUGACCUGCUGUUACACUGGCAUUCAGGGUUCCAAAACUACAAGCCGUUUUUUCCGUGUACGGAAAAUCAGGCAUUUCUCUACAGUAUUAAGAGGAGACCAUAUGGGGUUCUUAAAUGAAGCAGUGAAUUUGAGCAGUAUUGUUAACUUUACAAGCCACAUUCGUAAACGCAGAUACAUGACGUUUUAUGAACGGGCAUUUCACGGUACUGAAAUAUCUCACAAUUAGAAAUUUUUUGAAACCGAAUUAUACCCUUCCUUCGAGUUUAAAAUUGAAAGAAUACCUGAUUUUCUACCUAAUAAGUGAAAGAAUGAAUAUUUUUAUGCAUGUUUUCCAUGAUAUAUAAUUGAAUUUUUAAGGGCAUCGAAAGUCAAUGAGAAAAUUGCAUGCUACUUAAGUAGUCGUUUAUUGCAGAGUAUAGUUCUUGCAUGCAGUCGGAAAUACGUUCAUUCGAAAGCCAACACCCUGAGGUGACUGGAUCAUUAUUGAAUUAUGCUACAUGAUGUUUAGUUUUACAAUCCUACUUAAUUAAUCUUUUCGAAACGAGAACGCAUUUCGAAAUUUCGGUUGACAUUUCGUGAGUUAGCCCACCUACUGUAAUCCCAACUCUUACCUUAAAUCUAGCCCUAAUUUCACUUGAUGUCUGCUCAAAGACGUUCGUGUUGCAGGCGGCUACUGUUCUCAUGUCCUGUUUAGACAUUCACAGAAGUCAUUCCUACCCAGAUCGGUGUGCAUGUCACCACGUUUAACUCGUGACAGACUCAGAGAAACAAAUUUCUAUUGAGGAACACCCACCCACUCAUUCACUCGGUGUAAGCACGAGAAUUCAAAUUUCAGGUUUACUUUGGCUCUUCACUAGCAGGCACUGGACAGAGUAGAAAGUCAAAAGACCUUUUCAGUUCAGUUCGGUUUUAAAUGCAAUUUGCUUCUGUAAUUUUCCAAAAUUUAUGAACUUUCAAAUCUGUUUCGUCGCGCACACACGCACACUCAACUUUACCUGCUUGCUGAGCAGCAGUCGCGCAUUUCUCGCAAACCAGCGGGGGCGGGCUUCUUUAUGCGAGCAUGCUUGCCGAUAAUCUGGCUUUGUAGAUAUGACCUCGUGCAUUUACAGCAAUCCUCCAGACUUCGGUUCAUUGCUGACCUCAAUCUCCGCUCUGCGCUCGAGAUACCGCACCGGCAGCCUUCUGGCCACUGUAGACUCCGCUGUUACAAACUUCACACACAGGAGAGAGAGAGGGCACCAUUUAGACUCGAGACAAUGACCCGGUUCAGCAUGUCCUUCUUCGGGUUCAUCUCUUGUAUCUGCCAUGCUUGUGAGGUCACCCUAACUAGCACAGGACAUGGCCAAAUUUGGAGGUGUAGGGGCCAGAACACCUGUGUAAGGAAGUAUGGAAUGCUGAUCAUUCGAAAAGUUAAGUUGUAUAUCCGACGUCCCUUCAAGUGACCUGGCCCCUCUUGUUCCUGUCAGAGUUGGUGGCCGACGACCCGUGCUGCAGGCGGUUACCGUUCUCAUGUCCUGUUUAGACGUCUAAAUAAGUCGGUCCUGGGGUCUCCUUAUUGGGAGUUAAAGUUCUGCCACCUAAACUUUCAGUCGAUUGACUGAUUGGCAGUCCACUGGAUAAGUCAUUUUCGGGACGUUAUGUUGGUCAGUCACCCCCUUUACACGUGAGAUUUCGUAUCCCGAGACCGAACUCAUCUGUUCCGAUAAAGUUCUCCCAACUACGAACUCAGUCCUCAUAGCCCAAUCUCACGCGUGGAAGGGAUCGUCAUCGCUGACUGAGUCGCAUGACUAAGUCGUAUUUACGCGCUUGUAUCCAUGCGAGCGUCUGAGUCAUGCCGUGUGUGUGCUUGGUUGCUAAGCCACGUCAUGUAACUGACACGAAAGUCCUCUCUGGUGGAAGAUGUAGUUUUUUUGUGUUUAGCAGUUUCUGCUGAGAGGUGUACACCUCUUCAACAAAACCGCACGUUUGGCUUUUCUUAUUUCCUAUAUUAGAUGACAAAAUCCGCCUUCCGGGACACCAUUCAGUUGACACGAAAUUGUCCUGUUCAUCCACGCCUGCACCGACUAGUGAGUCUAUAUAAGGGGAAUUUUCUGCAAAAAAACUAGGAAUCAGGACCGAAUCGUCAUCUGCAGGCCUGGUGAAUCGUAUUUUAGACCUACUGUACGGUAAGACGGUCUUCGACAAACGGUCUUUACGAUCGACCAAUCCGGCAAGACCUGGAGUUCACAAAAAAUCCCAAAAUAUAAACCACGCUUAGUAAACACGUGCUAGAGUAGAAAAGGCUGCGGAAAGAUGUGGUUAUGUAGCCCCACCUGACGGACACAAUACGGUUGUCGUUGGGGUUAGGGCAGCUAUUUCUCAACCACUCAAAGUACAACCGCGCAUUCCCAAUAGCUUUUCUUUUGCAUACAGCUACUUGACCUCGUCGCCUGUGCGUUCCCCGGCCCCACCUGUAAAAACCCCUAUUAUCACCGGUCCCGUAUUACAGGUGGCUAGGAUUUUUUUUACCUCAGGUGCGGCUACAUAAGCACAUCCAACCAAGGCUGCUUCAGAUGCAGUUUCGACGCGGAUCAAGGUUAUUUGGAAACGGCAGCACGCCGACGUUCGGUUAAACAUUUACGGCCGCUUGUAUGGACAUCGCUCAGAAUAAGACAACCUCGAAGAUAGGGUUUAACUUUUUUCGCAAUUUUCUGUGCUUGUAUUAUGUAGUUUUACAUAUAAUUCAGUUUGUGCAUUUUGCAAAUAGCAUUAAGAAACCUGAGAAUAUGACUCUAUCUGCGAGCGUUCGAAAAAGUCGUAAUUACAUACUCUUAAAGCUGAGGGACAUGUAUCUCUGGAGGGAAAGUACUGAAUUAGUAAUUUCCUAUAAAAACGAAUGUAUUAAAUGAAUUUUGCACAUUCCUUACGAACGGCAUGGUUGGAUUAACGGAGACGUAGGUAAUCGGUGGAUGCGUGCGCGUGCUACUUAAGUAACGUUUUCGUUCGUGUGAGAUUUACACAUAAGCCGAGAGAGAUAUCCAACCAAAAUCUAACGGGUUUCCAUGUUUGAAUAAGUCUGCUGGUACGUUCCGGGCCAAUCAGUAUUGAGCCGUCACAUUGGUUCAUGCUUAGUGAGGUUCAACGCCCCACUUUACUGUAUCUCUCAAGCCUAGUGCGCUCCUUUCCGCUUUUUUGUGCGACAGAGCCCUGAGUUCCUCACUUAUUGUCAACUGAACCAGUUAACCUUCAUUGUAUUUCGCUCCACCGUUAUUGUUGGCUUGGCGUGCUGUUUUUGGUCCACAUGAAGGACUGCACCGCAGAUGCGUUGGAAGAAGACGGGCAUAGGACUGACUCACAACACGAGUUUACCGGGCUGUGCAAAGUCUGCUAGAGUCCACAACUACAGCCUCGCGUGCGCAUGUAGCACGCCCUAGACUUGCACGUCGCCUCAGCCACUGCACCCAAUCGCAUCAUCCGUGCGAUUUACAGGCUCGUAGAGGGGAGAUAGGGUGAGGUCGACAAUGGGGAAUCCAUGCCCACGGCCGGUUUACACCAUCCUCGCUCUACUGCAUCCAACGCGCUUGAACCUUUAACAAUGCGUCAGGAGUCGUGGCUUGGGAGGUUGCCCACCGAGGGGAUUGGCCGGUCCUCCUGAUGAGUAUUUCGGAACUACAAGAAGACUGAGAGUUGGGCUGCAAUAACUCAAUACGGCCUCCACAACGCCCUCACAAGUGUGAGGUCCGAGCUGCCCUUAUGCAAGCCCGGCACGUUCAGUGGGGACGAGGUCUUGUGGGUGGUCCGCGUAGACGGGUUGUUUAUUUUUGUCAGCCAGCAAGCCCGCGCCGGUCCCCGCCCUUUUAACAUUGCCCCUCCAUCGGAACCAAGUGAUCGAGGAAGAAGGUAGGGUGCCAGUCACCUUUGCUGGACUGGUUGGUCGCGGAGACUGAUUCCUCAAUGUCGACCUCACUGUCUCUUCCAUCUUUCUUGCGCCAGCCGAAUGCCUGAACCUGUCGCUCAGCAGGUGGUGGCAUAGUCGGCGAAGGUGGGCGGACGGUAAGACGAGUAUAUAGUGACAAUGACCACAUGAGUUUGUGAUAACACGUCUCCGUCUGCAGCGUAACCCUUCUGCCCAAUUUGCUUUUUUCACCCUUUUUUUAGAACCCGCCUGAAUCGCAUGUCAAAUAUUCUCCUACUUAGAGGCAAAUCUGGAAAACUAAAAGACUCAAUCGAAGAAGAGGCCGAUCGACAGUGGAGACUGCACGGAACGCUGGGCCAUCGGCCGCUCAGCGCCGACCUCCACACACCGUCUUCAUCAUGGCCGCGGCCGCCAGUGCACGAGUCCCCAUCCUCAGCCAAUGGGAACUCGAGCUGCCGCUGCAGCGCACUGGCGGCCAAUCACGAGGCCCCUCGGGGCGCAGUGAUGUCGCGGCGACAAAGGUACGCCAGCUCUUGACACAUGGCCUCUCUUUUUUAUGCCUCCGGAUUCAUUAAAGUCACGCCCAAAAGGUGCAAACGUACGCAGCGGGGUUCUACGAGCAUCGUUGUCACACCCAAAACCUGCAUGAAAUGGGUGAACUCUUAAAGCAUGCCGGAAGUCUUUCAAAAAAGUGGAGGGUCGCAGCAUGUACCAAAUCUCAUGCGCUAGAGUUGAUUUUCAGACAAGAAAGGUGACUCAUAUAGGCUUGCAAUACUUAUUAUUAUGCAGCGAAGUAUUUUAUUAUGAAGGCGCGAUCUGCUGGCUCCAGAGUUAGAAUUUACUCGUCUUUUCGAAACAAGAUUUCUUUGCGAGAAGGGCUUUCAUCGAUCGUUUUGCGGGGCAUGCUUGUCCCGUUGCGCCUCUCAGACAUUCCCAUUACGACCUCUAAUGAUGUAGGAAGGAAUGCUGGUAAAGACAAGGGUUUCUGUCAGGUCAACGGGCUCGUGGCCCAGUGGUUAGAGGCGUGGACUUCUAACUAACAGGUCGCGAAUUCGAGCCUCGGGUGUGCCCCACUUCGGGGUUUGGGUAUGACUGGCUGACGACGGCUAAUAAGCCAGAAAUGGCCAUUCCAGUCUCCAUUGUCUUUGUCGGUAAUAGCAUUCUGCCUAUAUCAUGGCGCCGCUGUGGGGUUGCUGGUUGGGCUCGAAAGAGAGCCCAUAAGGCACAACGGAACGAGUGACUUCCGUAAGAACGAUCGGUGAGCGCCCCUCUACCAUUGUAUAUUCCCGAUCGAAACCGACAGGUCAACGGGCUCGUGGCCCAGUGGUUAGAGGGAUGGACUUCUAACUAACAGGCUGCAAGUUCGAGCCUUGGGUGUUCCCCAAUUCGGGGUUGGGUAUGACUGGCUGACGACGGCUAAUAAGCCAGAAAUGUUCAUUCCAGUCUUCCUUGUCUUUGUCGGUAGUAAGAUACGGUUUCUGUCUUAUUAGUCGUCUUUAGCCAGCCAUACCCAAUCCGAGGCUUGGAUAACCUGGGACGAGCAUGUCCUGAAACUCUAUUGGUAGACGUCCUUCCUCUGAUAGUAUAGGUCUCCAGUUUUAACCGACGACAAAAUAGGGACCGGUGGCUCAGUGGUAUAGCCUGGGACGUAAAAAACCCAGCAGGAAACAUCCCGGAUUCAAAUUCAAGGUCUUAAGGACCUGGGGUUAGAUGAGGCCGGUUGACGUUGGUCAGAAAUGGCCGUCCAGGUCACCUAUGCUUUAGUCGGUAAUCCCUCCUGCACUUAUCUAUUGUCCGAUCGUCUCACUGAUGCUUCCCUGAAGUUGGAAAUGCCUCCGAGGCAAGACAAACAUUUUGAGAGUUCGCGCGACUGAAUUUGCAGUCUACUUUCUGCUCACGAAAGGUGCUAGUUGGUCUGGAAAUGCAUAAAUCAGAAUCUGGCGUCAUAUUGUUUUGGUAAUAAGUAGAACGUCCUCGGGCAACACCCAAACCGGACAGUAAUGAAAUCUUAUGGAAAUAACAGAAACCAGCAGUCUCACUGCAUGCGUGUAUUUGUAGUUGAUACGCAGUCCUGUCACCUUAAGUAGAGACCGGUAUUCCUCAAAGCCACUGGCGCCAGUCGUAUAAGGAAGAAAGAAACGAACCACAGAGUGCUGGCGUGAGCAGGGCGCUGUUAUUUGUAGUCGUGUCACUCUGUAACGAACGUUUUAAUUCAUUAAAACAAAGCAACCUACAUCAUUAAAAAUGCUGAAUUUUGUAAGACAUGGAUAACAGGUAUGUCCGGAUGAUAUGUUUGAAGAACAACCGAAUUAUCAAAACAUUAAAAAGCUGGAUUUGUUGAUAAUAGCAUGUCAGAUAAUCUUAGUCCUACCAAUCAGAGAAAAACAUUGCCACGAAAAUGGAGAAGCGCUAAAAGUCUACCGGGUUCGAAGACCUUAUCUCCCAUGUCCAAUUUUCUAGCUUCACUGGCUUCGCUGCUUUUUAAUUUCCCCAGAAAUUAACUGUAAACUUGGAGUAAUUCAGUACAUUCUAAGUAUUUAGGCUCCGACCGAAGUGUUUAUGCAUGAAUAUUUGGGCCGAAGUCCGUCAGCCACAGCGUAAUAUUCACUAACUGCCGACAGGCAACUAGUAGUAUACUUUAGGGUGAAGGCAUACCAUACUAACAGCACAGGUAUUCACCAAAAGCCCAUACACGCGUGUUUCGCGGAUAUUCUGCCGCUGCAUGACGCAGCUGCGAGGGGUUCGGCUCAUCCUUAUAUUACGUUGUCGGUUUGAGUGUCUAUGUACACUCACUGAGUCCGCCCACUUAAGUUUCUGGACAAUUUUCUGAAUUUUGAAUUUUGUGCAACCCUGCAACAGCGCUGCUUGUUGUCCUCAUACGUGUCUGCUUUGAAUAGACCUCGCAUGAUUCAAUGGACGUUUCCUCCGUCCUUGUUUGUUAUUUCUCCUUGGACGUCGCAUGUUUCGGUCUGGGGUGACGGAGCAGGUAAAGCCCUGGGCUAACCACUACCGCCUUCAGCCCAGAUCAUGAAGAGGAAGAGGAUACGUAGCCGUACCUGGUAGGGGUUAGGGGUAAGGAGUUAGGGUGAGGGAUCAAGGGUUAGGGUUAGACGUCAGGAGUUGGGGUUAGGGUUAAACACCCUAUUAUCACUGUUCCAGUAUGACAGGCGGCUGGGUCUUGUCUACUGCAGGUACGACAACGAAAUAAGAUCCGAUCGAAUCUGCCAUAGCAACCUGGCGACCGGACGAGAGACGCGCACACCCGGCGCAGCCGCAACAGGCGCUCGGGUGUCCUGGGCGAGAGUAUGUCUGUGUCAGCCUUGAAGGUGAUUGGCCGGUUUCGACAAUUGUGAUUGGCCGAACAACAGACAGAGUAUCUCGGUUUCAGCUAUUGGCCUGACGCGAUGUGAUCAUUAUGCGGAGUCUCACCAUGUCCAACGAACGACUGAUGCUGGUGUGUGCAGGUGCAGUGUUUCCGCGGGCACCGGAGUGGGAUCAUUAUGGGGGUGCCAUGGAGCACUGUCAUUUCAUUGUUAUGCAUUCCCAAAAGUCAUGCAUGGCUUGGACAAGCUAUACCCGAAACUCCCCUGCAAUGGAACUUUUACCAAUCGGAUUACUUUUCCUCUUAAUUCUGUAUUAUGGCUGGAUCUUAUUUCGUAGCCGUACCUGCAGUAAACAAGCCCCAGCUUAACUCCUAACCCUAACCCCUAACAGGUACGGCCACGAAAUAUGAUUUUUCCCGUAUUGUUUUUGGGUUCGAAACACUCUUUGCUGACGGUUAAUUUCUAUUUAUCAACACUACUUUAAGGGGAAAAAUAUACGCAUAAAAAUCAGGAUAUGAGUAAGCCGACGGACUUAUUCAUUCGUCACACAUCACGCUCUAACUGGUCAAGCACUGGACUAUUUCCAAUGCCGUUCGAAAAUGAAUACGAUUGAUCUGAAAAGUCACAAGGGAGUUAAGGCAGACACAGCGAUACUUUUAUGUAUGCAGAAUGUCAUCCAUGAAACUGCGCCUGCCAUCGGUUGUUCAACCAUGUAACAGGAAUUGUCAUUGCCCACGAACCUCAAACUCGUCUGCUGGUCACGUAUAGCUGCUUUUCACGCGACUUUCCUCCCAUUCACACAAAUUUAACACUUUUGAUAAGGUCUUCCUGUUUUUGCUUGCACGAUCGGCGUAUUGUUCCUGCGGAAGCUGUACUUUUCUGCGGCCGGUUUUAGAGAUCCUUGAAGCAUUCAGUCUUGAGAUUCUAGCAGUUUUUGGGAUUUUAUUAGGACUGAAAUUUUAAGGAUCCUAUGUGUCUAGGCUAUGCCACGCGUGAAGUUUUUUGACGUCCCAAGUCAGGGUAACGGACCGAAGAAGCCUUUUUGGUUCGAGACCAGAUACAGUCGGAUGUGCCAAUCAUGUCAAGGCGCAGUUAGGACGAGCAUGUUCCGUCUUGCAAUCAAGUCGCGCCAGCCGUGUGUGCCAUCUACAGGCUGAUGCCCUGGUUCACCCAGACUUCGCAUGGCGCCAUCUCGUGUAGUUAUGACUCGUUAAAAUACUGUUUUCAAGUAAUUAUUGAUUUUUGACUGAGUGCAUGUUUUGUACGCAUAGAAAAUUGGUUUAUCAUGGUCUGAAAAAGCGCACAAAAUUGAAUUCCGACACGUAGAGUAAGUGUCCGAUCUCAUGAAAUGUUAGCCGGAAUUCUGAAAUGCGUUUUCGACUUGGAAGGAUUACAUAGCUGAAGUUGUAAUAUUAGUCACCACGAGGCGUAAUCCCAUGAUAUUUCGAACUCGCCAGAAUGCUGGCUUUUCGAUGUACUUCUUUGCGGCCUCCUGUAAAAACCCCACUAGAAAAAACCGGCUACUUAAGUAGUACACACUUCACAUCGGUUUUCGAUGGCCCUCUAAAUUGAAAUGAGAGAGAAGUAGGGAUUUAAUUUCUUUUGAAAGUAUGGAUUCAAAAUUGCCAGCAAAAAGGGCUCUAUCCGCUGUGUAAAGAAAGCAAGUCAACAAAUUACUCGAAAGACAAAAAGUCUUGCAUAUAAAGGAACGACUAAUUAUGGGGACAUUUCAAGGCUUCUAUAUCUCUGUCUCUUCACGCGUGGGAUAGCGUGCCAGGAAUGGUGAUACAGAAUUUCGAAAUGCCAAUGUAAGGCAAGAGAUAUGUCAAAAGCCACGACGCACUUUAUAUAAAAAUCUGCGCAAUAUUUUUCUUUUACUCACUUGAUAGCAAAUUACGUCAUACUCGCGUUUUCUUCUCGAAGAGAGAUUACCUUUAGCUUUUAAAACAGGUUUUUAUUUGUAAGGUUUUUAAGAUCAUAAGAUGUUCAUUCAUACUGAAUCGCACUUUUCCGUUUAUUGGUGCUCCUCAUGAAGUAUACAACAUAGUCCGCAUCCAUUGCGGAAUUUUGUGAAUCCUACAUUGAAUCAUUUUAAAGGUAAAGAGAAAUAUACGACUUUUCUUACGCUGAAGUAUGCACCCAUAGACUGAAGCUGUUAAAUACUAAUGCAGCAGCCUCUUUGGCCCAAAAUUACUCAGGAAUGGGAAAAGUUUUGAAGUAUAGAAUGUGAAGAUGACGUAAUUUACUAUCAAGUGAAUAAAAAGAAUAUUUUUGUGCGUAUUCUCUAUAAAAUGCAUUUCAAUCUACAGGGCCAUUGAAAAUCUAUGCGAAAAUGUGUACCAGUUAUGUAGUCAGUUUAUGCCGGAUGAGUCUUUUACAGAAGGUCGCAAAGAAAUACAUUGAAAAGCCAACAUUCUGGCGAGUUCGAAACAUCAUGGGAUUAUGCCGCGUGAUGAUUAAUCUUACCACCUCACCUAUGUAAUCUUUCCAAGUCGAAAACGCAUUUCGGAAUUUCGGCUAACAUCUAAUGAUGUCGGCCACUCGCUGUAUUUCGUGGAUUUUCAUUGGCUGGGUAACGUGACUAGGAGAGUUUCAGUGCAUCGGUGAGUUCUGCGACGUUUCAUUUUGGUAUCUCUUUAUAGCCGCAACCUUCAAAGUGAAGUGGUGUUCACUCGCCGGGUGGCGGCAAUGACUCAGCAAUGUAGGUAAGAACGACAUAAGAUCAAAGCUCGUGGCUCAAUCAGGAGUCUGUUUGAACACUAUUUCGCGAAACAAGGUUUUGUUAACGUAAGCGAAAGAAGGAAACGACUUUGUAAGAACGACUGAUGAGCUACUAAAUGUCCUAUCUGUUAAUUUACGCCCCAGGACACUCCGAGAUGGGUAAUCGGCUGGAUAUGGGGAGCUCCCGAUAAACGUCAUACUUUUUGGGCGAUCGCCACUAUUGUCACCUACCGUCCUUGUUCAACAUCCCCCCACAUCAGGGUUGGUAACCUUCUCCGCGAACGGCAUUAGCUGCGUUGAAACCACAGUCUGACCGACUGCAACACAGAGGAGUUUGGUGACCCCGACGUUAAUGGGGCCGAUAUUUACCAAAUAUGUUUGAGACUUAGUCAUUAUGAGCAACCUUUCCUCGACGAUAUCUCUGUUACGCGGUCCACUUUGAGGCUCUGUGUCUGCCAGAAUGGUGUAGUCGACCCUGAGCACGUUGGACACCCUCCUGCACCUUGUACGAGCGUGCCCAUCCAACGGCAUAAGUUGACGAGGAGGCACUAGUGCACCGCUCAAUUGUUGCCUCGAAUGCGCUUUUUGCCCCCGGAUCGAGCCGCCAAUUCGAUCACCGUUGACGCACGUCAUCUAGCCCUCGUGUGCCCUAUACCAAAGCGACCGCUUCAUCACUUUCUCCAAGGUCGACACAUUCACUUUGCUUUGUGACCGCCGGCAAGCUGUAGACGACCGUGAUCCUCACACCGCCCGCCGUCUUCGCCUUGUCGCGUCAAGCUUAUUCAUCCUCCCUGAAGAAGCCCCACACGCGCUAUCCUUGCAACAUGAAUGGAAAUUCACAUCCAGGCGGAUCAAGCCGUCCUUGCCUCAUGUAAUGCGACAGACCAUUUGGCCACAGGGCCCUUGAGCUCACGCCCACAAGCCCAGUAUAUCAGUUGAUGUAAAGCAUAAAUUUAUAUUGUCAGCACAUUCCCCGGAUUUGACAAAGGUAAUCUCUCCCUCGGGUAUCUCUUCCAUAUUCCGCUGUUCACUAGGACUUGGCUUGAUGACUGAUGGUCUGUCAGGUUCUAGUCGAAACAAUGGGUGCACAUAAGACCACAGACUCUCAUUUACGACUAUAUUUGCGCCUAAAUGCCCGUUCAUUUUCCAUGCCGGGGCAGAAAACUAAAAUCAAUAACUGCGCACCGUGUUUCCUGUUUUAGAAUGCUUUCUGGACAGUCUGAAUACCCAUGUGCGGGACAACAGUCUCAAAAUGUAACCUGGCGUCUAAUUCGAGACAAUGUUCCAAUUGAACUGGUGCUUGGUACGUGGAAGACGAAUUUUUACCUUAAAAUUUUGCCUUGUGGUUGACUGAUGACACUCUGUUCUCCGAAACGCGUAUGCUCCCUAUGUGUAGUUUUGACAUCAAAGUGCUUCGCUAGUAGACGCAUUCUAACUAGGCCAUUGGUGACUACUCAUCACCCUAAAAUAAAUAGUACUCGCUAGAUAUGGGCAGCACGCAACACAAAAGGAAAAGACCAAUCACCACCAAAAAACCCUGUUUCCCAUUGUAAAGACUUCCGGUCUCUUUGUAGGCACUGUGGGAUGUUUGCAAAUGAAAAACAGGACGCCCGAGGGCGGGGAAGGAAUUUGCGGACCCAGUCUGCGGCUCAUUCUGAAAUCUGGUGUGCUGUGUUCUGUGACUAGGUCUUUGAGCAAAAAUGCAUUUGAUGGUAGUUGGUGCAUGAUACUGCACGCAAAGGGCAGGAAGCCUUGAAUGGCCGCUGCCAGUCCAGUUCUAGUCAUCAGUCAACUGGAUGACCGAGUAACGUGGCUUCAACUCAUAAGCUUGGUAUUUGGACUUGGUCGACUGAUGAUCGUGGAUAGGCAAGAAACGACCACUCCAGUCGUCUUCCUCCACUGUCUUGCCAUCUCUAUGGCACUACUGACUGCUUCUUACUGUGUAACCUCCUUCGACGACCCAAAAAAUGUCUCUUUUUGUACUCAGAUGAGUGAAAUGCCACCCUCACACUACCCUACGCUUCAUUUCUGCAAUUCUCACUUGUAGAUACUAGCGACUUCACAGUGUGCUGCAAUGGGCGGGAAGUGCGUAACAUUGAGGUGAGUUGUCUUCUGUCUAACAGGAAAUGCUGAAGUAUUUAUUGGUGAAGUUAAGUGCCGUUUUUCUUUCGAAUGCCUCCAGCCAUCAGUGAGGUUUGCUUCAGAGACAUGCCUCGCUGGGCUGAGGCAGUCUACAGUAAAUUGCGUGACAGGCUUAGGCAAAUUCACGCUGUCCCAUUGAUUGAGCUAUCCCGCGCAAAUUCGCUGAAACCUAAACGUAGUUCAUUAUUCUUUUAAAGUAGAACUGAUGCCUGUAAAAGGUGCUAAACCCCCACAGUCAGUGCGUAAAUCUUCUGUUUGUGGGAUUUCUGUAUUUUCGUAGUUUGCAUUGAAAAAACGUAAUUGCAGCAAAUCAUUGGCAUCUAGUCAGCAGUCAGCGAGGCUACGUGCUAUCGCCUGCGGUGGUGGUGCGGUGUUUACGCUAAAUUAGACACUAUCAGGGGGUCUAUUGAAUGCGUGACGAGAACAUCUAAGGUAAUUUAUGAUGAGCUCUCCUGGCGUCACGAGGAAAUCGAUAUACGCAAAUGCAGUGGCAGCUAAUGGAUUAUGGGUCCUUUGAUCUUCCCUACUACUUAGACCCAUCGUUUGGCUUAAUUCGUCGAUGAUGACGCCCCCAGUCGGUCAAAAUGGUAAUCGCCAUUUUGGACAGGCGAGGGGACGUCGGGCGAUUGAGUUAAAGUUUAGUCCAAGACAAGAUAGACUGGAAUAGCCAUUUCCGGCUUCUAUUGGCCGUCGUCAACCAAUCAUACCCUACCCCGAGUUGUGCAACACCUGGGUCUCGAUCCCGAGACCUGUUGAUUAGAAAGAAGGGGAUUACCAACGAAGACAAGGGAUACAAUGAUGGUCAUUUCUGGAUUAUUAGCUGUCAUCAACCAGCCACACCCAACUCCGAGUUUGAGAGCGCAUGAGAUUCGAACCCAGGUUCUUUUGGCCAUUCAGUCUUCUUUCCCGUCGGUCACGAUCGGGAAUAUUAACUUGUCGAUAGAGGCGAAUAGGCGAGCGCCAGGAAACAGUUCAGAAGAAGAUGCGAUCAUUGGAACAGGAAGUUCUGUUGGCCUGACGUUUCGGAUGCUUACACCAACCCACGACAGCUGCCUCCACUACAUUUAUCUGCGACUGUAUCCGAUGUAUCCAUCACAGGGAACACUAACGGGAAUGAACCGCAAAACAACUAAGACUCGUGAAUAUCGCAAGCGACCUUGGGUUGCUUUUUUCUCUCUGAGCUUGCACUGUAACCAAAAUCUCAAAGUUCGGACCGCAAAAAGGCAGUGCCUCUAAGGACGCCUCUCCCACAAAAGGCCGUCCAGGUCUCAGGUAUUGGCGAGGUUUGGUUCUGCAGCCCCACUUGAUUGAUACCAUAUAGUUAACUUACUAAAACAAUUCUAGUUAAUAUAUCUAACUCAGCCACUCGCUGGAUUAAGAAAGGAAAAGGAACGCACGCAGAGCUCGAAUUACGCGCAGGUAAGCGAGUGAAGGUGCGAAUACGUGAUGUUCACAUCGACCAAAACUGAAAGCUAAACAUAUGGUAUCACUCAAGUGGGACUUCAAGACCAAUCCUCGUCCCGUGAGAAUCCGAAACGUCAGGCUAAUAAAACUUAUUUCAGUGAUCGCAUAUUAACUUGUGUUGGAAGUGAGUUCAUCGAUUGGGUUAUAGUACACGAUCGUUCAGCUGUGCCUUGAAGCUCAAUGAAGAAUACUCGCAGGCAGUCGCAUAACCGCCAACAAUGGUACAGAAGGCGGUACCAACAAAGACAAGGGAGAGUGGGAUGACCAUUUUUGGAUUAUUAACCAUCUUCGGACCUACCCAACCCGAGGUUUAAAGGCACCUGGUGUUCGGACCCGUGUGUUCUUAGCUAUUGAGCGUUAGUAAGUCCAAGCUCUAACCAUUAUUCUGUCAUUUUGGACCGAGAAUAUUAACUAUAGAGGUAUAAAGAUUGUUUGUCCAACGAUAUAUAUAUAUAUAUAUAUAUAUAUAUAUUAAAGGUAUUAUACCGUACUCCCGACCUAGAUACUUGCUAAAAGCCCAGACACGUGUUUCGCCGAUAUUCUGCCGCUGCGUGACACAGCUGCGAGGGGUUCGGCUCUUCAGUGGGACCCCCAGCGUUCUCUAGCGGUUUCCGGUAUAUGAACUCCAGAGAAUAAUCAGGUGAAUAAUUUCAGAAAUUAAUCAGUGCAGAACUUGGAGUUAAAUCUCCGGGACAUGACUUUUUAGGGUCAGAGCCGAAAUUUCAAUGAACAUUUGAGUCGAAGACAAUCAACUACUGUGGAAUAACCACGUAAUGCUUUUAGCAAGUAUCUAGGUCGGGAGUACGGUAUAAUACCUUUACCAUAUGAAAUUCAUACUACUCGUAGUACUACUUGUUUGUAGAAUGGGCAUUACGUGGUUAUUCCACAGUAGUUGAUUGUCUUCGACUCAAAUGUUCAUUGAAAUUUCGGCUCUGACCCUAAAAAGUCAUGUCCCGGAGAUUUAACUCCAAGUUCUGCACUGAUUAAUUUCUGAAAUUAUUCACCUGAUAUAUAUAUAUAUGACUUGGAAUCCACCGUUUAUGAGCGUCUGCUAUGCCAUGAUCAGCCAAUCAUGACCCUCGCAGCCGGGCGUGCGCUGGCAGUUGUCCGGUACCUGGUUCCCUGGCGAUAAAUACUCAUGCGCUCCCGUUAGGUAUACAGGUCGUGUGCAUGGAAGCCCAGUUGUCCACGUUCCUUCUGUUGUUGCUGUUGGCCAAAAUCCUGGUCAAGUGUUUACUGUGAGCCAGGGAAUGUGGAGCGGACUGCCAAGGUGCGGGUUCGGCCGCGCCCUCCCCGCCCCCGGUCCCCUUGACUCUGUCUUGAUACCGGGCUCAGGCGCGAAGAAGGAGAGAUUGCGGUAGAACCUGCGCAAGUCACUGUGGCUGCUUCACCUUGCUGUGGAACACACGGCGGUCAUCGUCGGAUGCGGCGGUUGAAAUAUCAUACGUAUGACUAAGUAUUUGCCUGCGGAGGUUUGAAUAAACAAUCUUUUCCAAGGCCCCGUCGGUCACCCUAAAAUAGUUUGUAUUACGAUGAAACACAAACACCCCCCCACAGUUCUGGUCUCCGCACAUUCAUGUUAACUAUGCGGCUGCUCCUAUUUAAGCCGGGAACAGGGUCGCAUCACAUGUUGUUGUUGUUGAUGCCUCGGUCACCCGUGUUUUGUUUGUUACUUCGAGUUUCUGCUGAGACAACGCGAUGUGAAGCCGACUCGCGGAAGGCGCGCCAGCGUGGACUUUCAACAGGGUCAACUCUGCCUCACCUUCACCUUCUACGCCAGCCCGACACGUCGCUUUGCUGCCCUCAUUCGGGCCGCCUUCACUUCCACCAUCAGUCUGGGUUACGAGGAUGUGGUUUCCCAGGUUACCUCAGCAGAGAAGCUGAUUCAUCUGAUGCGUUUCGGGCUUCAGUUGAGCAACUGGAAGCUGCGAAUCAACUCCCUUGAUGGCAGUUAG